GUCACCAAAGUUGAAGAUGAGGCACAAAAUGGACAAAAAUCAUUCGUCAACUCAGCAUUUGAGACGAACGAGGAAACGGACAAAAAAGACAGCGACGGAAAGGAAGUCAAAAAAUCAGCUUCUACAACAAAUUUGAAGUCUCCACAUGAUUUCCCUCAUCACAUUCUAGACGAUGUGUUGGAAGAGAACGAAGAGGAAGUAAAGGCACUGCGCAAGAAAAGCGUAAUAGAACCUACAGGAUUUGCGAGUUCGACUGGCACGUCAUCAAAUGCAGGAGAAGAUAACUCCAGCACUCCACUUCCACCACCAACCGAUGCAAAUGCGGAAGAAAAGUCCAGUACUCCACUCUCGCCACCAACUGAUGCAAAAGCAGAGGAAACUAAAUCUGAUACCCCAACGUCAUCUCAAACUGGUGAUGCAGAGACUACGAGCAAACGAAAAACCAGCGAAUUUAUCAUUGGUCAUGACAGCUGA